AACGAGUUGAGAACCAUUUUCCAGUAAAAUGUAUCUCAAUGCAACUUUCACCGGUCUUGACUUACCAUCGAAAUCUUCCGCUAUCGCAGAAUGGUAUGACGUUUUAUCUUUUCUUAUUGCAUUCAUAGGGAUAGUAGGAAAUACGUUUGUGAUUUACCUGGUAAAAACUCGCUCCUCUCUCAAAGAUACAAGCAACACAUUCAUCAUGUCGCUGGCUGUCGCAGAUCUUCUGGUCAGUGUCAUCAUCCAACCUUCGAAAUUUGCUUGUGACUUGCAACAAGAAUAUUGCAAUGUCCAGCUCCAACGUAUAUUCAGUGAACUCUUCAUUUACUGGUCUGUAUACAAUCUUUGUGGACUGACAAUUGAAAGAUAUAUUUCAAUAGUCUUUCCGAUGCAACGUUCCACGUUCAUGUCCAAAGAAAGAGUUACUGUAUGCAUCAUGUUAUGCUGGCUGAUUCCCUUUGUCAACUUUGGAUUACAUUUUCCAUGGUUUUGUUCAGACUCCAUCGAAACUAGAAUGUUUUGGUUGAGAACCUUUACAGCUAUAGAGACGUGCACCAUGGUUGGGAUUCCAGCUAUUAUUCUUGUAGUUUUGUAUGCAAGGAUUUUUUUCGUGGCGCAAAGACUUCGCAGGCUCACAGCCCAUCAGAUGGGAAUUGUGAAUUACAACAAGGACUUAAAAGACACGGUCGUAAGAAAAAAUAGCUCAAACCCUGAGGUAAAAAAUGCGAUUGCUUUUGUGGCGGGAAGCUCUGAACAGAAAAAAAUGCAUGGAAGGAAAAAUGAAGCGCGAGAAAAGGAAGAGGGAUUCGAAAAAAUGUCCCUUAACGAGACAAGGUGCCUGUGCGAUGAAAUUACCACAGAAGUCAAUCGAGUUUGUGAAUGCCAUAAAUGUCAAUACCAAGAGCAGAAUUGCAAGACGUUUUCUGCAGCUUCUACGAGCACAGAUGCCAAAGGAAACUAUCAUAAAAAUAGCCUAGUGCUUUCAUUGGACGAGACAAAUUUUUCAAUCGAAAAAAAUGAUGACAAACUCAAAUAUGAAAUUCAAAUGUCAGACAUAAGGGAAGCACCGAAAAAAAAUUCUCGAUUUUGGAGAAUAUGUUCUUGCUAUCCAGUGUUGUAUAGGAUAGAUCGUACAAGUAUUAAAAACUCAAAGCAAUCCAUCAAAAAACGACUCGAGCAGUUACUGACUCCAAGACAAAGGCGUUCCGGGGUUUCUGUGAUUGGGUGCAUGAUUGGAAUAUUCCUAAUCUGCUGGGGAGUGGCGCUUUAUUCGUCGUUUUGCUAUUACUUUGCUCAUUGUCCUGUUUCCAAGUCAACGCAGCGUGUCUCAUGGAUUCUUCUACUACUCAACAGUGCGGUCAAUCCGAUUGUUUAUGCUCUGCUCAAGGUAGAUAUGCGCGCUGAAUUCGUUCGCCUACUGCGAAGCUGGGUAAAUAGACUUGCUAGCCUGAAGAGAGAAAUAAAAAUUAAACCUAUGGCAUGGAACAGCUGAACUGGCAAUAUAUAUCACACCGUUUGUUUUGUAUUAAAACAGCAGAACAUUUUCAUUUUGGUUCUGGUAUAAAUAUGUACAAAUAUAUAGUUCGAUUUU